AUGUUUUUCUCAAAAGCUGUUCUAUUCCCCAUUGCUCUUCUCGGCUGCGCCUCAUUCUCACGUGCCCAGCUCCAAGAUGAUGGUAUCAAGCAACCCAAUGCCACUGACCUUGUCGCCGCUUAUCCCGAUUUGCAAAAUGCUAAAGAAGAAGUUCUUGGACAUCAAAACAACUUAACUAGAAUCCUUUCCGCGGUCUUCAACUACACAGCUUCCCAAGCUCACAAUGAAUUAACUGAGACUUUAUCAGAUCUCCACAAUCUUACUACCGCAUUAGCCGGUCCACCAUCCCCCUUCCUUGCCAACACUGGACCAGGAAAGAUCCCAACUCAAGACGAAUGCUCAUCUGUAUUCGUCGAUAUCAUCAACUCGCUCGUACAAAUGAACCUAGCCAUCGAAAAAUUGCGUCCUGUGGCUCCUUCCCUACACACCGAUCUUCAAGCAAUCGCUGCUGAAACCGUCGCAGCUCUCAAAGCCGCCGAUGCUAAGGUCGUGAUCACCCGAAAAUUCAUUGCAGACCAUGUUGAUUUGGAAGGUAUUUUCCAUAUGCAUGAUGGAUUUGAAAAGAUCGCUAUGUACCUCAGUGAAGAUCAAGUUAACAAAUCUUAAAGAUUUCAAUGGACAAAUCAAUCAAGUUUUCUUAAACUUUCUUUUAAGAUUUCUUUUAAAACUCUUGCAAAGAACUCGACAUUUCAUUCUUCUCUUUUGAAGGAUAUUUGAUAUGAAAUUCAAUUUGGACUUUGUUUU